CGAGCGGGUCGGGCAGACCCCACCGUCACAUCACAUCAAACUUCACUCUUUCCUUUACUUUACUCUUCACUACGCUCCAUCUCCAUGGGCUAGAAUCUCUCUCUGCCAUCAUCACACUUCACAGUUCACAAGAGAGAAGAGAAGCAGCAGAGAGCUAGAGCCAGAAGAAGAAGAAGAAGAAGAAGAAGAAGAAGAAGAAUAAGAAAGAGGAGGAGGAGGAGGAAUCCAUGGGGAACAUCCUGAAGUGCUUCAAGGGAGACGAAGAAGAAGACCACUACCCCUACUACCAUCCAGGCUCCAGGCCCCACUACCCACAGCAGCAGCAGCAAGCUGAUGGCCAUGGCGUCGCCUCCCUGGCGCACGACCUCCUCAACUUUGAGAGCGCGUCCAUGGUUCCUGAAGGACUCAGGCAGCAUGUUACGGCGUCCAAGAAAGCACAGAUUAAAUGGUACCAGAAUAUGUUGGAGGCAUAUAAGAAUGCCAGAACCCCACCGAGAACACCGGAAGAGGCUGCACAACUAGUUGUAUCAGCCCUAAACUGGAUCCAGAGAGCUGAUUUGGAGGGUAUCCUCGAGUUCUACAACUUCCCCAUCCCAUCACUACCUGCAGCAUCCUCAAACCACCGUCCAUCCUCGCUGCCAGAGGGCGUGCAGUUUGUCUUGAACACUUUGCCGGUUAAUAACCAAAACAUUGGAGAUGGCGAUGGCUUUACCGCUUAUGUUGCCACAACCGAUCCGAGGGAGUCUGGAAAUGUUCCUAUAGAAGUACAUGAGAUGGUGAUUGCGAGGACUGAAGCACGCAAUCGUAGGGAUUACAAGAGUGCCGAUGCACUUCAAAGUAGCAUUAAAGAAGCUGGAUACAAGAUAAUAGUCUGUUCAGAUGAAGAGAUCCUAGCAAGGAAAUACCGAAUCAGAAUGAGGGGAAUUGAUGCACCAGAGCUUAAGAUGACAUAUGGGAAGGAAUCAAAGAGUGCUUUGGUGAAGCUCAUUGGUGGGAAAAGAACCACAAUUCAUGUGUAUGAGCAGGACCAGUUUGAUCGCUACGUUGGUGAUGUCUAUUGCAAUUGUGCGUUCAUCCAGGAGAAAAUGCUGAAGAAUGGUCACGCAUGGCAUUUUACGACCUACGACAAGCGCCCAGAGUUUGCUAAAUGGGAGAGAGAGGCAAGAGCUGCACAGCGAGGGCUCUUUGCCUCACUCAACCCUGAGAAGCCGUGGGACUGGCGAAGAGAGCAGCGCAGUGGUGGUGGCAUUCAGGUCUACUAAUGGCUCCAUCCAUGAUCCAUCCAUGUCUCGAACUAAUGGUCAGAAAGGUGUGUAUAGUUUGGUAACUAGGGUGGAUCUUAAUCAGCAUCAUCAUGCUGCAAACUAAAUGUGCAGUAUGUUUAUGUAUGCUGCGAGAGUAAUGCUUUCUAAUUCGGCCUAUGGCCAAGACUCCUAAA